UGACAGUUGUAGGUUAAGUUCUUGAUUGGUUCAAGUUCAUUUACGAAGACUUUUGUAGUACCUUGCUAGUAGUUAUUGGUUCAAGUUUAUUUACGAAGACUUUUGUACGGGUACCUUGCUACUAGAAUGCGCAGGGCUGAGGCAGGAGCCCAUCUGAAUCUGAAUCUGAAACUACAACUUUCUACCAUGUUGAUGCAAUCAACGUCCUCUUCCCGUUGUUCAUCACGUUCAUCAAAAAGAUGGCGGCUUCAUCGGAGGCAUGUUGUCUUGUGUUGCUCCCUUCUACCUCAUGGUUGCUUGCUAAGCAGUGCACAAGAAGAGGAUCCAGCUGAAGCGCUACUGCAGCAGCAACAGGGAGAGGAAUCAUUAUGACUUGAUAGGCUUGGGCACAGGCUGUUUCAUCCGCUGUGUUCUUGUAGCAAACACAAUAGAAGCUAUUUUUAAGAGUGACCUUCUUGUCAAGUUGACCUCCAGCCGAUGUACAGGUCCACUGGACUACCUACAUCAACUAGUACCUAUCUAACUCCCCUCGUCCAAUCCGAUGGUGUCAACUAGUACCUAUCUAACUCCCCUCGUCCAAUCCGAUGGUGUCAACUAGUACCUAUCUAACUCCCCUCGUCCAAUCCGAUGGUGUCAACUGGUACCUAUCUAACUCUCCUCGUUCAAUCCGAUGGCAAAGCUCCACCACCACCCAUGCUCUCUUCUGUCUACGUUCCCCAAAGUCAGCCGAAAUCAGAUGGCGUCUGUGACUAUCAUGGUAUCGAGAUCAAGGAGGAGUGCCCUAGUAGUGUUAAGGCUUGCCGUAUUAACUAAUAUUUUAAGUUAACACCUAAUAUCAUGUAAGUAUGAGGCAUGAUCGUUGAAAGAACUGAAACGUGGUUUUCAAAGGGAAAACGCGUCAAACAAGAUGAACUCCUCUUAAAAAACUACUCAAGAUGAACUCUUUAAAUUCUCAAAGAUGACUUCUUUAAAAAACAAGAUGAAUUUUAUUCUUUCCGCCCACAAUUCGAAAAUAGAGGACUUCUCUAAUUGUGUCAGCGGUUUUGAUUGGGAGGUCUAUGGUGAAGAAUUGUAUCGAGCAAGAAGCAUGAUCUUCUCCAACAGGGUGGAGGAAGCGAAAGCCGCAGUCUACAAUCUGCUGUCGCAUAUCACGAAGUUAAGACGAUGACGAGACUUUCUCUCCAUCAGUUACUGAGAUGAAAUUAUCUCAGUAGAUAUCAGUACUAGCAAGCUACUCAUCCUCAGUAGACUAUGUCAAUCUCGUCAUCAAUCUCAGUACUAGCAGACAAUCUCAGUCAAUCUCAGUACAGUACUAGCAAGCUACUCAUCCUGUUUCGUAGCUUGUGUUGUAGUGUUCACCUAUCUUGAUAGUAUCUUCAGUCAACUAGCAAGCUACUCAUCCUGUUUCGUAGCUUGUGAUGUAGUUCACCUAUCUUCAGUUACUGUAGUUUCUUGUGAUGUUCAGUUACUGUCAAUACCCAUCCUGUUAGUUGUGAUAUUCACCUAUUCGUUCCUCCACUGGCUAGUGGAAUAUCGCAAAAGGAUAGCCGCCAGCAUGUUUAAUAGGGAGUGCAUGCAACAACCGCCGACUACAUAAGUAUCUUCUUUCUAACAGUCUUACUUCUGUAAGAUGAGUGAGUAGUACACAACUCCUGUGAACAUAACAAUCCUUUCUUGAACUUCAACUUUCUGUGAACAUAAGAAUCCAACUCUAAUAGGCCGUUUCUCGUUCGCUUUCGAAUGUCCGCUAGCCACGGUAAGUACGUAUUGGACACUCGCAACGAUACUGAUGUUUCAGGGAAGUAUGCGGCGUGCUCUCAGCAUGUUACAAAUGUUAAGGGUAGGCUAAAGGUGUGCGCCAAGAAGCACAAGAACACUGCACUGGACUCAUAGAAAAGAACACUGCACUGGACUCAUAGAAUUUGUGUAGUUGUGUUUUGGAAAAACAAAAAUUUGAAGGAGGGCUGAGAGCAAGAACAACAACCAGCUUGAUCCGCUCAUCGUUGGUUAUGGCUCUCUCCCUUAGGUGGGGACGGACAGUGAUAGAAUAGACGGGGUGAAUAACGAACACCAAAAACCUACCUCUAAGGAUGGCUUUCAUCUUCGUGCGCGACAAGGGGUUUCAUGAGUGCACGCCUUGGCCUGUGCAAGGGUGGGAUAUGAUGAUGGCUGGAAGAAAUCUCUUGGUUAAGGCUACUAGUUGUAGUUUAGUCAGUUGUCACUAUCCUCUCCUGAGAGAGCGGCAGAAAGAUUCCAAUUCCAUUGCUUUCAACAAAUUUGAAAAAAAAUGGGUGGAACUCAAGGAAACACUCAAAGCAAGGGGGAUACAUAGAAGUGAUGACCACUCAAAGGAAGGGGGGAUGACUACCUCUACCUUAGCUAUUUGAAGAGGCGGUCGAUUUUCGGCACCUCAGCUAUGAUUUGAAGAGUAUUUAAGUUCUAACUUAGCUGAGGUGCAGAAACUUGACCGUCCGGCUAUUCGCUGGGACACUCCGAAGCAUUUUCGUUAAGGCUAGUUUAUCACUAUUCCAUGUGAACUAUGCCGAGUGGGUUCCCCUCUGAAGUGAGACCAGGGGGAAACUAGUAAAGGGCAAAGAGAGCAACCCAUUCGACUCGAGAUAGUGAUAGAUAUAGAUACUUUAAUUUCGGUAUAACGGUGUAAAAAUUGCUAUCGUAACGAUCUGCAGCUAUGCGCCAGACGAAGCAGUGAGGGUGAUAUCGAUCGAGAAUCAUGGUCUGUACGCGCGACUGCACGACUACGACUUGCAUAUGGUAUGGCAUGCAGGUCUUGUGAUCAGUGCAUUUAGAUGGAUCCUCAAUAGUGUUCGACAUCUAGUAGAAUCAUCAAAUGGGCCAAAUUGAAAUUCACAGUACUCCUCUAAUCACCUAUCUUUCCCCGGACGAGAUCGCGCCAAACGAGAAGAGUGGCAUGAACGUAAAAGAUGGCGUCCAUAAGCCUUUCUUUUGGAAGGUCAAUGCUGUGAAAAACGUAUUCGAUGCUGAGAACGCACCGGAUUGUUAUGUUCACAGGAGUCCUCACUCUUACUCUUACAGCAAGACUAGUUAGAAAGAAGAUAUGUGAUAAGUGAAACUUUCGCCCAUCAUCCACUUCAGAUAUAAUCAUCAAUGAUGCUCUUGCGCGACAUUUCUGUCCUCUUCUAAUCCCUGGUCCUUACUUUCACCUGCUCUAGGUAGAACUGUCUGAAAAACAAGUAGAGGGCAGCAGCCUAUGCCUAGCUUUGUUGUAUCUACUCUGCAAACACAAUCAUCACCGAAGGAUCCCCUAUUGCUCUUCUAAUCCCUGGUCCUCUGGGCUGACUGCGAUGCUCUUUUCAUGGAUCCAGAGCGUACGAUUGACUCCGUCAUCCACAUGUACACCGCCAACUUCACGAGUCCAAUUGUGAAGAAGCAAAGCACUCUUUCCGGCGGUGUCUCCACAGAUCCAGAGCAAUACGAAAUGAUAGGGGACUUUCUAAACAAUCCGGGUCGCGAAAAGAAUCAACAGCCGUUUUCCGAUGUGCAUUUGCUGCUGGCGGUGGAUAUUAAGGCUGAUUACUGGUACUCAUCUUCAUUUAAGUAGUACCUAAAAGGAGUGUUGUGUCUGUGUGCGUAGCGUAGUUGUUAGCCUGUUAUUUUAUUUGUCGAAUGGGAAUGUGAAUUCGUUUUUCUCAAAACGUCUAUUCUCAAAUUGAGAAACAUCAAUCAAGCUCCUGAAAGACUUCUUCUAGUAUCCCUCCGCCGGUAUCAAAAAGCUCUAACUCCCGCACCGGUAUCAACAAUGGUGUCUGGAUGUUGCGGAAUAGCAAGUGGGGACAUGACUUUCUAGAGCGCUGGUGGCAUUCGCGCAUUCUAGAAGGUCCAGGCGAGAAUCACAACUGCAGUGACCAGAGCACGAUGCAGCACGAACUGUUGUACGAAAACUCGAUGGCCUUAGACCCGAUGUGGGAUUCGGUCGAGGGACCUAUUUUUAUGAGUUUGAUUUUGUUUUGUAUUCCCAGCGUCUUCAAGUGUUGAUAUUCAGGAUGAAGCAUGCACUGACAUGGAAGCCGCGGCAGUGCCUCACCUGGAGCGCUCGGGGCGCCAGAAGUAGCUUGGGAGGGUUAUUUGAGCUAUUUCGCGGCCCUGUUAUCGGAGGCGCCCUCACAUUUGGAGCGGCGAGGGCCUUCGCGCCGCGGGCGCGCGUUCCCGACUUGAAGCGCAGGCCGUGAAGCUGGAAGCCAGACCGACGAAAGCCCCGAGAAUGCUUGCGGUACUGAUUUGACGACUAAUUAGCGCAGCCAAAGCAGCCCGGGCCGUAGGUACCAGGCUGAGGGAGGCACUUUUCUUCACUCCUGCAGGGGGAUUUUUCAAAAUCUAGCUUAGCACGCGCGUGGGCCGUGAUCGUAUGGCGCUGCGCAUUCUGUGAAUCGGGUGCCGCGGUUCUCUUUCGGUUUUGGUGUCCGUGCGUCAGAUGCGCUCAGAGGGUUCCAGAGUCAUGCGCGGCGGGGUGGUCUGCGUCUGGGCUCCCGAGGGGCGUGGGGGCCUUCACGCUGGUUGGCCAGGGGUGGGCUUCGGUCUACCAGGCGGCACGCCUUUCACCCUCCAACAUCUAUGAACGUGGGCGGAAAGCUUGCAGAACAUGGGCGCACUCUGAAGCGCGCCCGGACGCGGCUGAUCGUAUCAAGGACGCCGCCCGCCCUCCAACCAGUUGUGGCCGCGAGCAGUCGGAUGAAGAUAGUAGCGACGGCUAACAUCAAGCAGGCCAGGAGUGUAACAGCGAUGCCCGUCGACAUUGUUCGGCGCAACCGCUGACAAGUUCGGCGGAGAUAGCGGCUUGCGGAGGUUCAUCCUGUGCGGGUACGUAGCUGCGGCCUCUUGGCGAUGGGUCCGCCUGGAGUGUUUCGGGUAGGCUUAUGGAACUGGCAGCGCGGCACUGCGCUCGCUGCUCGCGUGGAGGCUCUAUUUCCCCGGAGAGGCCGCAAGGGGGUGGGGGCAAUGGAGAGCAGAGGGCCUGGAGGGGAUGCCGCCGGGCGUUUGUUUGGGCGCCUCUAGGCCUCCGGCGAAAGGAACGGCCACCCUGAGGGGGAGGGCGUGAGGCGUGUCGCACUCUGGUCGUGUCGCGCCUGAAGCUAAAGGAUGGGGCUGCUCGCUGCAUACAUAGACAGUAGGGCAAUGGCUUUCGUUUGUUGUUUUAUUUAAUUUCGCUCUUGUCGCUGUCUUUGCGAUUAUUGUGAGGAUGCUGUAAAUAUCUCCCGCUUCAGUUGUCUGUGGCCGCAGGAGAAGGCGCGUAGGCUUUUUUUUCUACUUUUUUGAAUUAUUCUUGUUCUUCCAGCCUCUAAUCUCUGGCCUUCUCAAGUCCGCGUGGUUUACCAGGAGCAUAUGCAGUCAUUUCACCAAGCGACGGCUAUCACAGUUCUAUCCCGCGAAUGGGAACAAGGGGAUUUUAUCCGGCAUCAUCCUGGAUGUCACUACUACAAAGAACCCUGCAAGUGGCUUUACGGACAAGCGCAUGAAAUUUUCAUGACGAAUUUGCAAAAUAUGAGCAGUAGGAUACCGAUCGGGGAAUAAGAUUCAAGGUGAUGAUGGACUAACCUAUAAAAGGAAGUCAGUUCUUGGGAAGGGGAUUGAACAAAAAAGAUGGAUAUUGAAGGAUACACCGAAAACGAAGGGGUGGUGGAAAUUAUGGGCUCAAAUCUAGUGAAAAAACGUCGUGUGUGGAAAAAUGUUAGCAUUGAGUCAGAUCAUAUCAGCAACAUCAUGAACUUAUGUUGACUAUGAGAAUAUCAUAUAAAGCAUCAAAUUCACGUGCGUACUCAGAAUAAUUGUCAGUCGUGUCUUCAAAGCAUUGAUAUAUACUGGAUCUAUGGGUUCUUGAAGUAGUGACCAUUAUCUCAAAAGGAUUGUGAUCAUUUCCGUCACGGACGGGAGGAAAAGGAGAC